CUCUCUUAAAGAAGCUAACGUCGUGUUUCUGACUCCCAGUUCUCCAACAGAAACCCGUUUUUGAAUUUUCUUUAUUUCUUUGCCCUUUAUAAAACUAGAAGAAGAAGUAGAAGAAUGAUUGUUAGUUGGGCAAAAGUAAAAAAGAAAAACUCGGCCUGAGAGCUUAAAAAGAAGUGCAUUUUUAUGGGGUCAGAUAAAUUCGAAAGGUCUCAAUCCUUCAGUGUUGACUGAAACAAAUUCAAACCUUAGAAAAUUUUAGUAUUUAUGUUUUGAAGUAAGCGAAGCAAGAACUAAGAAGUAACCGAGGCUACUUCCUAAUGCAAGAAAAUCAACAACCACCACCGGUGAUCUCAUUUCCUUUCUCAUGAAGCCUUCAGUAACAACAGCAACAGCAAUUCAAGUUUAUUUUUUCUCUCCCAAAACUCUCAGAUGCUUUACUUUCCAAAAACUUCUUCCUCUUCGCCGUCUUCUCCUCCUGUUUCUGCAAAUAAUACUAAGAGGUUGACGCGGCAAAGGAAGAUCAGGCACGAAACUCAGCAGGAUCUUGGCUUGCAGUUCUCUCAAGAUCGUUUGAAUUCGCCUCCUGCUUCACCUGAUUCCGCCAGAAAGCCUCGCUCUCCUCCGUGCUCCUCCUCCUCCUCCUCCCCUGCCUUGCCUCAACCGUUGCCGCUUCCUGAAUCGCAUUUCACUAGGAGACCGGAACCAUUUGGUUUCAUUCCAGGUCAUGCUGUUCCUGCAUCGCCAGAAGAACGCCCCAUCUAUCUGUUGAGAAGGAAUAGUGCGGAUCAGGUUGAUAUAAAUUCUGCCACAGGUUCAAGCAAUUUUCAAUGGAGAUUCUCUCCUCAAGAUCCUAAUGUCGAUACUGCUAAUCACGGUUUAAGACUAAACAUUGCUCCACGAAGUGCUCCAUCAAGUCCUCUGGUUAGUCCACGGAGAUCAAAUGCAGGAGAGUUUUCUACUACCUUCAAUGCUGCCGACUCGACUAAAUGUUCAAAAACUUGUUGUAAGGGACAAUUGAAUGAUUUAAAUAUUGAAUGUGUUAAUUACAAGUUGAGUUGGAUUGAUUCUCCCAGGAGCGCUCCAACAAGUGGUUUCUCAAGCCCAAAUGUUAGCCCUCAAAGAUCUUACACUAUAGACUUUUUACCAUCUUUUGUGGCUAGAGAGGUUCCAGACUUAGGCAGGCAUGCUGGUCAUACUUCACGAAAAUCAUUAGUGAAAACUGGGAAUGGUCUAGAUCGUUCUGCAAUCUAUCCAUCACAGCAAAGUCCGACACCAAACAAGAAACCUCCCCAUAAAUUUUCAUUUCAAUUGCAUAAUAAAAUGUUUGUGGGGAAAUCAAAGGAAUGGCCUGAGACUAAUAGUCAGUUUAGUGCUCACCCAUUGCCCCUUCCUCCUGGAGCAGCAUCGCCACAGUCAUUUAUUCCAUCACCACCAGCUAUUCUCCAUCACACAAUUGAGAAGCCAAAUGUAUCAUUGAGGAAAACUCAGUGGCUGAAAGGAAAACUUAUUGGACGUGGUACAUAUGGAAGUGUUUAUGUUGGAACCAACCGAGAGACUGGAGCUUUAUGUGCAAUGAAGGAAGUUGAUAUUAUCCCUGGUGACUCCAAAUCUGUUGAAUGCAUAAAGCAGCUAGAGCAGGAGAUUAGACUCCUCCAACAUCUAGAGCAUCCAAAUAUAGUGCAGUAUUAUAGCUGUGAGAUAGUUGAUGAUCACUUUUACAUAUAUUUGGAGUAUGUUUAUCCUGGUUCAAUCAGCAAAUAUGUCCGUGAACAUUGUGGAGCUAUGACAGAAUCUAUAGUCCGUAAUUUUACCCGCCAUAUUCUCUCUGGAUUGGCUUAUUUGCACAGUAAAAAGACAAUACACAGGGAUAUUAAAGGAGCAAAUUUGCUUGUUAAUUCAUCAGGCAUCGUUAAGUUAGCUGAUUUUGGAAUGGCAAAACAUCUUAGUGGACUAUCAUAUGAAUUGUCUUUGAAAGGCAGUCCACAUUGGAUGGCUCCAGAGGUCAUACAAGCUGUGAUGCAGAAUAAUGCUAAUCCUGAUCUUGCUUUGGCUGUUGAUAUAUGGAGCUUGGGUUGUACCAUCAUUGAAAUGUUUACUGGUAAACCUCCCUGGGGCGAGCUUGAAGGGCCUCAAGCAAUGUUCAAGGCUUUGAAUAAGACUCCACCUAUACCAGAAGCAAUGUCUCCAGAGGCAAAAGAUUUUCUAUGCUGUUGCCUUAGAAGAAAUCCUGCAGAAAGACCAUCAGCAAGUAUGCUGCUUGAGCAUCCUUUUCUACGAAAUUCAAGUGAACUCAAUCUAUCGACCUGCCCACUAUCGUUAAAAAAUCUCACGGAAAAAAUACAAAGUUCCAGAGAUUGUGCUGCAUAAAACAUUGAUUUGAUGGCAACCUCCCCAGGCCCAUGGAUUAUGAAUGAUAAAUUGACUAACAAUAGGUAACUAGAAUUGCACACACCGUUUGCAGAAAAUAUUUUCUGAUUCAUUAAUUAUCUGAUCUUGUUUCUUGAUUAUAAUUGUUUUGAGUCACAGUGAAACCAGCUAACAAAGCUGUGUCAAAACAUUAAAUUGCUCUGCAGCUUCUUAUCACUCUCCUUCGUCCCCAGUUGAAGUCCUUCCCAUAUCACAAAGUGGUUUAUGGUUUACAUAAUUUUAGCUCUUCUUCAAAUGUUUCGAGCAACAUGCCGCAUGUUGCUGUUAAUAACCAUCCUUUGGCUCUGUUGAGGAGUCAUGGAAAGGAAGUUCCACAUAUUUGAAAAAUGAAUUAAUUGAAUUUCAUUGGUUGUUGAUAUGGAGGCUAGUUCCUUUCACGUACAGCUAGGCAGAAGCGAGCAAUUGGGUUAGACAGGAUGAAUUGGAGAUUUUCAUCUCCUUUUAGGUUCACAUCUCCUGAGCUUGGAGGUUGAGUUUUUCAUUUCUAUGGCCUUGAAAAUGCUGAGGGGACUUCUCAACUUGGAAAUCUAAUUAGCUGGGGAUUUUCCAUAUUCAUCACUGUAGCCAGACCUAAUACAAAUGGAAGGGACGAGGGUAGUAAGCAAUGAGUACACCAGAAGGGAAAAAGUGGGAGAACUGGAAAUAGAUUGUUCAUUAUUGUGUUAUUAGAAAGAAAGAAAAAAGAAGGUGACAUACUUUAGAUGAAUUUGUAAAUACAUGUAUCUUUUCCACAUUAUUUUUUAUUCAUUCCUAACAUAGAAAAUCUUGUAUCAGCUAGUUGCAAUUUUUCAAACCAGUUCUGUAUGUAAUGAUAACUAAAUAUUCGUUGUACCCCAAUCUGAGUUGUGUUGUUUUGACUUGAAACCAUUUAGUGAGAUCUAUUCAUUGAAGAAUGCAAUGUAA